CAAGGGGCCCGACGCGUUUCAGCCGGCGUCUCCUCCUCGGCCACGCCGGCCCCGGCGCCGCGCCCGGCCUCCCCCCUCCAUUCCGGCGCACGCGCCGCGGCGCGCCGGCGGCGCGGCAGCGGCGAGGCCUGCGGCCUACGAGGACUGUCACCAUGCCAAUGGUUCGGUCUCACGCUCCUUCUGCAGCCCAGGGCUGGAGCACGGGCAAGUCGAAGGCAAAGGGAAGCUCGCUCAAGUCGGCCCUGGCUGCGAGGCAGAAGAAGCCCACUGGCGACGCGGCCAAGGCCAAGGUCGGCCCGGGGGAGCUCGCGGAGGAGCCGCCGCCGACCCCCCCGGCGCUGGCCGCGGAGCUGCCCUCGAGGACGCAGCACCUGCUCCCGGGCGACCCGGGGCCCCCCGGCGGCGCGGCGCGGCCGCCGCAGGACGUCGCCGACUUCCAGCCCCGCGAGCCCCUCGAGCCCCGGAGCCUGCUCGGCGGGCCCGCGAGCCGGGCGUCGCUGGGCGCGCCGAGCGAGCCAGGCAGCACCGCCGGACACAGCGUCGCGCGCUCCAACUCGACGUGGGCGGCGCAGCCACGCCCGCCUUCUGAGGC